GGACUUUUAUUUUGAAGCUCAACAACUAAUCUUCACCGGAAGCUGUAGUCCUGACUGCGGCUAACUUCCCCCUGUGACCAAGAUGGCGUCUCUCAGAAAGCAGUGUUAGCAGAGGGUCUUUGUUGUGUUAGAAAGAGGUAAAAUGUGUAAAGUCCAGAUGCUGAGAGCGUUGGUGGAGCAGCGACUAACUGCGGCUGCUGAAGAGAUAUUUGGGCUGUUUGAAAGAACGAUAGCAGAGUACGAGGAGGAACUUUGUCGUUCAAAAGAGGAGAACGAGCGACAACGGGAACUACUGGACGCUGUUUUCAACCCUCAGCUCCGGGUCCACAGACCAGAUGUGCAGAAGCUGUUGGUGGUUAAAGAAGAGGUUCCCGCUGAGCAGCAGCAGUGUAGCUCCAGUGUGGACCAGCAGGAGCCAGAGUCCCCCCCAUACAUUGAAGAGGAACAGGAGGAACUGUGGAGCAGUCAGGAGGGAGAGCAGCUUCAAGGGCUGGAGGAGGCUGAUAUCACCAAGUUCUCAUUCACUCCUGUCCCUGUGAAGAGUGAAGAUGGUGAAGAGGAAGAUGUUCAGCAGCUUUUGGCGGUUAAAGAAGAGGUUCCCCCUGAGCAACAGGAGUGUAGUUCCAGUGUGAACCAGGAGGAGCCAGAAGUCCCCCCACACAUUAAAGAGGAGCAGGAGCAACUGUGGAGCAGUCAGGAGGGAGAGCAGCUUCAAGGGCUGGAGGAGGCUGAUAUCACCAAGUUCCCAUUCACUGCUGUCCCUGUGAAGAGUGAAGAUGAUGAAGAAGAAGCUCAGUCCUCAAAGCUUCAUAAGAGACAAACUCAACACAUGGUAACAGAAGCUGAUGGAGAGGACUGGGGAGGACCAGAACCAGCCAGGAACUCACAUCCACUUUUACAACCAGAGACUGAAGACCAGACUAGAGACUCUUGUGAUCCUAAGGCUAAUGACAGUGCUGAUUGGAAGGAGACCAGAGAACCUCAGUCAGCUUUAAACUCUCUGAAACAUGUUUCAAGACGUAAGAAAACAUUCAGCUGCUCUGAGUGUGGGAAAAGAUUUGACCAAAAAGGAAAUCUGAAUAGACACAUGAGAACUCACACAGGAGAAAAACCUUUUAGCUGCUCUGACUGUGGUAAAGCUUUUUCUGAUAGUGGAAACUUGAAGAAACACAUGAUAACUCACACAGGAGAGAAACCUUUCAGCUGCUCUGAGUGUGGUAAAGCUUUCUCUGAAAGUGGAUCCCUGAAGAAACACAUGAUGACUCACACAGGAGAAAAACCUUUCAGCUGCUUAGUUUGUAAGAAAUCGUUUACACAGAGAGGAAAUUUACGGUCACACAUGGCCAUAAUCCACACAGGAGAGAAAAGAUUCAACUGCAGUGUUUGUAACAAAAGAUAUGCCAGGUGUUCUCGUAUCAAAACACAUACAUGUGUUGGUCCGAUGGAACCAGAAGCUGAUGGAGAGGACUGUGGAGGACCAGAACCAGCCAGGAACUCACAUCCACUUUUACAACCAGAGACUGGAGAUUCUUCAGAACCUGGAGCUGAUGACGUAGAAUAAUGUUUGUGCCUUUUAAGUUUAAGCAAAACUUCUGAAGAAUCAAACAAAAAUCUUUAUGUAUCAUCAUCUUGGUAGAUGACAUUAUAUUGUGUGGUAGGAAAAAGUAGACUCUUAUUUUAAAUGUUUUAUUAGAUUUUGUUUUGUCUUUUAAUGUCUGUCAUAUCAUUAAUCAUAUUCAAGAAAUCAGAAGCCAGUGGAGUUGUUUUAGGACUGGAGGGAUGUGGUCCCCUGAGUGUGUAAAGUAAGAUGGAAACAAGAAGUAUCCCACGUCAUCUCCAGACUUCAUCUGUAACUUGUAAUCAAAAUAAGACAAUCGGCUAUAAAACUGAAAAUCCAGCACCUCUUAUUUAUGAAAGUGGAAAUUGCAUAGAAUGAUAACAACAAAAAAUAAGUUUGUGGAUAAGGAUGGCAUGUUGUAACGAGGUCCGAGUACAUGCAGCAAAUACUUAGGGCACAAUUUGUCAAUUUGUAAUUGUAUCUAAAGGCUGGUUAAGUACUGUAGGGAGGAGAAGUUGGACAGUUUGUUUUUUCUCGUUCCAGUGAUUGGUUCAUCUGGGUGAUGGCGUUGGAUAUGCGUCAGCAUGUUAGAUGUAUUUCUACUCCUGUACCCGAAAACCUCUGAACAUCACUGACACUGUCCUCGUCUUAUCCACCACUUGCUCACCUGUACUACUGGAACUGACCCGAGCCGAAGUUUUUGAGGUGGGAUGGCACCAGGCGGGAGGGGAUGAUACAGUGUAUGUUACAGGACAGUACAUAUAGGAUAAAGUGGAUCAGCUGCUGUGUCCUCCUGCGUUCCUGUGUGAUACAGGACGGUAUAAAUAGUAUAACGUGGACCAGCUGCCGGGUAUCCUACUGGAUUAGAUACUGGGAGGUCAGAUACAGGGGAUAGAGAUUUAUAAAUGAUGUUGAUUUUGUCAGCAAAAAAGUGAAGGAAGGAGUGGCAGAGAGAGAGAGGUAGGGAGGGAGGGUGUUGGUCCGAGGCUUGAGGAGGUUGUUCACUGUGGAGAAAAGGGUUCAGGGGUUUUGGCAGGAGUUGGGGAGGAUGGUGGAGAGGUAGGCAGACUUGGCAGCAAUGAGGGCAUCUUUGUAGGCAGUGAGGUGGAGUUUAUAGGCUUCAUGAUGGAAUGUGAGAGAUGAUUUCUUUGUCAAACGUUAAAGUUGGUGGCCAAUUAUCCGGAGUGUAGGUGUGUUUAAAAAAGAAAAAAAAAAUUGUUAAAAGUGACAGUUUUUGUUGAGGGAGGUAGACAAGGUGGAGCUGAGGUGCUUUGUGAGAUCAUCAGGUGAAGUGAGGACUGUCCCCUCCUGGUGCUCAGUACCCGGCGUCAUGGGACCAGCCGGCGGUUGCUUAUUGCAGUUGGUAUCAUACAAACAAAGAAUGCUUUGUCCACUCUUUGUGGUUAUACUAAAGUACACUCUAUUGGUUUCCAACAAGUAACAGAGUCAGGACUAAGUCCAUCUCAUAAUGAUCUCAAGGCAAAUGUCCAAAAUAAUGACCAAGUUUAAAAUUAUGAAUUAAAACUCUCUGAUUUGUGAUGUUUGAGAGUUGUCAGCUUUAUGUUGUUUCCCACCCCAAAUUCUUAUUGUCCCAGUAAUCAAUUGGAGGUGGUGAAGGUAACAUGGAAAAACUUUUAAGACUUUUAGUUUAUUUUGUAAUAUGUAAGUAUGUAGAGAUCUUUUAAAAGACAUGUUAUUUUUGUAAUAAAUAUACCUACACAAGUAGUUAUGUAGCCUAGCUAUUUGUUGUUGGAUGUUUGCCUUCUCAUGGACUGUGGUAGAAGUUGUAGGCGAGAUCUGAAAUAAAGCUUUGCUCAACAAAGUCUUC